AAAUCAAAGUCAAACAAAACUCGCAGCGAAACCAAAACACAUCAAAGUUGAAUUUUGAAAGAAGUUAACUUCGAUUUAUUGAAACCUCGCAAGUAACCGGUAAAAGCCGUGUAAAAAGCCGCCAAAAUUCUACUCAAGGAGCGUAAAGCGAUCAUCUCAAAAAUGAAGUCCUUGACGGCCGUUUGCCAAACAGGUGCCUCGAUGCCGGCAAUGAAUCCUAAUGGCCGCAUCGCCCGCCAUCCACCGCAUCGCGGCGACGGCGAGAAUGCCGAAAUGAAGAUGUAUCUCUCGAAGCUGAAAGACCUGGUGCCGUUCAUGCCGAAGAACCGCAAACUCUCCAAACUGGAAAUCAUCCAGCACGUCAUCGACUACAUCUGCGAUCUGCAAACGGAGCUGGAAACCCAUCCGGAGAUCAAUAAUUUCGAUGCUGCUGCCGCUUUGAGUGGCGUCGCCGCAGCAGCAGCUGCCGGCGGCUCCGAAGAUGAGGAUGAGAGCGAUGAGAUGGAUCUCGAUGCAGCCGAUGAUGUAUUGGCCCAGCGCCUGGCCGCCGAGCAGGAGCAGCUAGCCAAAAUCUCUAGUCCCGCUGCCGCCCGCCUGCCGCUCGCCGACCGUCAGAGUCCCAACACAAUUCUGCCAACAGCCGCACCAACAGCAGCAGCAGCCGCUGCCCAACAGUUUAGCGACGCAAUUGAGCGGCGAAAAGGACAGCAGGCAAUCGUAAAGCAGCCGGCAGCAGCAGAGGCCGCGGCAGCAGUAUCAACACCUACAACUAAUACUAAACAUUUAAAGCUAUAGAAAUCAUAUUAAUUAAUGUUAGUCGCAGUGUAGUACAGUCAGCUCCACUCAAAACUCAACUCCACUCAAAAACCAACUCGUGUGAAGAUCUCCACAAACAACAACAACAA